AUGGGAAAGAAAAAACGAACUAACAUUCCACCUCAUGGUCAAUUAGCAGAUAUAGAUAUUAUAAAGGAUUUGAUCAAUUUUAAUUUAUCAGAUUUUGAAGACGAAGGAAGAUAUUAUGGAGAUCAUCUUUAUGUUAGCCAACAGGAAGCGAUACCACCCGUAGAAGAAGAGGAAUUGAAUGAAUCUGAUGAUGUGCCUCUUUCGUCUUUACGAGUCGAGCCCCAAUCUUUGCGCAAUGAUAGUAUUCGAUGGAAACUUACGGAAAGCUUUGAUUUUACUCCUGACAAUGAUCAGCUGAAUGUUUAA